AUGUCUAUCCCGGUCCCGGAACCCAGAACCACAUCUGUUGCCAACGGCACCAGUACCAACGCCUUAAGCCAAGGCAACGUCAGCCAAGUGCCGGCAAGCAACCGCAGCAGUGUGGAACGAUUCGCACGAGCACCAGCCUCCGAAGGCCCUUACUUCGCCAAUGCGCGGAUGCCAGAGAGAUCGGCACACCUCGCGGCGCUAUCAAGCCAACUCAAUGCCAUAGAGGAGAUUAUGAAGACUGGGAGUUAG